GUUUCGCUUCCGUUUUCUUCUACUACUACCACUCCGCUUUCUCUCUCCGUCUCUCUGUCCGUCUCCCCACACAUUUCCACCGCCGCCUGCCGCCGCCUCAUCAUCAUCGGCAGCCGCAAUCCGCGCACGCGGCUCGCCGCUCGCCGCUCGCUUCCACCGCUGCCCGCCCGUCGCUGGCCUCGCCUGGCAGCAGAUCCACCUGCCGUUGCGCCGCUCCUGAUCUCCGAAGGCAACUGCCACCGGCGGUGUCCUCGUCCUGUCCUGUCCGUCCCCUAGCGCGGCGACGCUCGUGAUCCUCAUCGCCAAGCUCGUCGUCCGAUCCGCAGAUCACUGUCCCCCAGGCUGAAUUGUGGCUGGUAUUGGCGAUAUAAGCGCUCAUUAGCUGUUUUAUCUUUGGUCCUGGGUCUUUGAUUAAGCGUCAUUGAGGAGACUGUGCAUGAGAAAACUCUUUUGUUCAAACAUUUCUCUCCUGUAAUAUAAAUGUACUGUGACAAUCCUUCUUCCUAUGCUAGAAUAACAUAUUUUAGCUUCUAAGCUCUUACAGUGCAUUGCAAAUUUCCUAUUGUACCGAAUACCCAAUGCAUUAGUUCGGGGUUUGUGACAAACAUUCAUGCAAAUUCUUGGAUAUUAAUUCAGAACCUGGUGGCAUAUUAAUCUUGGAUACUUGGUCAACUGCAAACUUGGAGCUUCGUGUUCAUGUCAUCAAUGGAGAGCCUAGCACAGUUAGAGGUGCUGUGUGAAAAGCUUUAUAAUUCUAGAGACUCGGCUGAGAGAGCGCAUGCAGAAAGCACCCUCAAGUGCUUCUCAGAGAACAGCGAGUACAUUUCACAGUGUCAAUACAUUUUGGACAAUGCUUCAACUCCAUACGCUCUGAUGUUGGCGAGUUCAAGCUUGUUGAAGCAAGUUUCGGACCGCAGUCUUUCUUUGCAGCUCCGCCUCGAUAUACGGAGUUAUGUCAUAAACUAUCUUGCUUCAAGGGGGCCCAAAUUGCAGAACUUUGUCAUUGUGUCCCUAAUUCAGCUGGUUUGUCGAAUCACAAAAUUUGGAUGGUUUGAUGAUGACAGAUUCAGAGAGACUGUGAAGGAAGCAACGGAUUUCUUAGGUCUUGCAUCUCAGGAUCAUUAUUUCAUAGGAUUGAAGAUACUAAACAAUCUCGUAACAGAAAUGAACCAGCCAAACCCUGCGAUGCCUAUGACACAUCAUAGGAAAAUUGCGAGCUCAUUCAAGGACCAGUUCCUUCUACAGAUUUUCCAAAUUUCACUAACCUCACUAAACCAACUGAAGAGUGAAGCUCCGGAUGACUUUGGACAUGUUCCUCUUGACCUUGCAUUGAAGUGCUUGUCAUUUGACUUUGUUGGUUCUCCAGUGGACGAAAGCUCUGAAGAAUUUGGAACGGUGCAGCUUCCUGCAUCUUGGAGGCCUCUCCUACAAGAUCCUUCCACUGUCCAGAUCUUUUUUGAUUACUACAAAGUUAAUGACUCACGUGUUUCUAAAGAGGCUUUGGAAUGUCUGGUGCGACUUGCUUCUGUCAGGCGCAGUAUUUUUGUUGAGGACCCUGCAAGGUCCCAGUUUCUUUCUCAUCUGAUGUCAGGCACAAAGGAAAUACUUCAAACUGGCCAAGGUCUUGCUGAUCAUGACAACUACCAUGAGUUCUGCCGUCUUUUGGGACGUUUCAAAGUGAACUACCAGCUGGCAGAGCUUCUGAGUGUUGAGUUUUAUGGUGAAUGGAUUGGUCUAGUAGCUGAAUUUACAACUAGAUCCUUGCUGUCAUGGCAGUGGGCCAGCAAUAGUGUCUACUAUCUUCUAAGUCUUUGGUCAAGGCUGGUGACAUCUGUGCCUUACUUGAAAGGUGAAACGCCAAGUCUGCUUGAUGAAACCGUUCCCAAAAUCACAGAGGGUUUCAUCACUUCUAGAAUUAAUUCUGUUCAGGCCAUCCUUGCUGACAACUCAUUGGAAAAUCCUUUGGAUAGCGUGGAAGUUCUCCAGGACCAGUUGGAGUUUCUUCCUUACCUUUGCAGAUUCCAGUACCAAAACAGUAGUCUGUACAUCAUAAACAUCAUGGAACCUCUUCUGCAAGCUUACACGGAAAGGUCAAGAUUACCCGCUCCUGGAGAUGCUGAUGAGCUCUCUGUCAUUGAAGGACAAAUUGCAUGGAUGGUCCACAUAAUUGCAGCCAUUCUCAAAAUUAGGCAGACCGUUGGUGUUAGCCAAGAAUCACAAGAAUUAAUUGAUGCAGAACUAUCUGCCCGUGUGUUAAAGUUGAUAAGUAUGACUGAUACAGGGGCCCACGCACAGAGAUACAAAGAAUUAAGUAAGCAAAGGCUUGAUCGAGCUAUUCUAAUCUUUGUGCAAAAUUUCAGAAGGUCAUAUGUAGGAGACCAAGCCAUGCAUUCUUCAAAGCAGUUGUAUACAAGAUUGUCUGAGCUUCUAGGGCUGAAUGACCAUUUAGUUUUACUCAAUGUUAUCAUUGGGAAAAUUGCUACAAAUCUGAAGUGCUAUGCUGAGUGUGAGGAUGUUAUUGAUCAUACUCUGUCCCUAUUCCUGGAGCUUGCAUCUGGCUAUAUGACUGGAAAGCUGCUGCUCAAGCUGGAGAGUGUAAAGUUCAUCAUCGCAAGUCAUUCUCAGGAGAAUUUCCCAUUUCUUGCAGAGUACAGAUGUUCCCGUAGUAGAACUACGUUCUAUUACAUCCUUGGCUCCUUAGUCUUCAUGGAAGACAGCCCUGUAAAAUUCAGGACUUUCAUGGAACCACUUCAGCAGGUUGCAUUUAACCUGGAGGCAACUCCUGAUGCUGCUUUCUGGAAUGAUGUUGCUAAGCGUGCAUUUAUUGGUUGGAUGAGAGAUCUACGAGGCAUUGCGAUGGCCACCAACAGCCGCAAGACCUAUGGCCUCCUAUUUGACUGGCUGUAUCCAUCUCGCAUGCCACUUCUGUUGAGAGCCAUCACACUGUGGGCAGAUGAACCAGAGGUCACCACACCCUUGCUCAAGUUCAUGUGUGAAUUUGUUUUGAACAAAGCUCAAAGGUUGACAUUUGAUUCAGCAUCACCAAAUGGAAUCCUUUUGUUCCGAGAGGUUAGCAAGAUAAUUGUGGCUUACGGGUCGCGAAUUCUAUUGCUUCCCAAUGGCACAGAUAUUUAUGGAAGUAAAUACAAAGGCAUAUGGAUCUCUCUGACUGUUCUUUCAAGGGCUUUGUGUGGGAACUAUGUCAAUUUUGGUGUAUUUGAGCUCUAUGGUGACAGAGCACUUGCAGAUGCCCUUGAUAUAUCUCUAAAGAUGACCCUCUCAGUUCCAUUAUCUGAUGUAUUGGCAUUCAGAAAGCUGUCGAAAGCAUACUUUGGAUAUAUGGAAGUUCUGUUCAACAACCAUAUCAAGUUUGUUCUCAAUUUGGACACAAACACAUUCGUACAUAUUGUCAGCUCUCUUGAGUCUGGCUUAAAAGGUCUAGAUACAGGGAUAUCAACACAGUGUGCUUCUGCCAUUGACAGCCUGGCAGCCUUUUAUUUCAACAACAUUACAGCUGGUGACACACCUCCGUCACCAGCUGCAUUAAAUCUCGCUCGGCAUAUUGGAGAGUUCCCUAGUUUGUUUCCUCAGAUACUGAGGACACUUUUUGAGAUCAUCCUCUUUGAGGAUGCUGGUAACCAGUGGAGUCUCAGUAGGCCAAUAUUGAGCUUGAUAAUGACUAGUGAACAGAUGUUCAGUGACCUGAGAGCGCACAUAUUAGCAUCACAGGCUGUCGACCAACAACAACGCCUUUCCCAAUGCUUUGAUAAGCUGAUGACCGAUGUCAACAGGAACUUGGAACCUAAGAACCGAGACAGAUUCACUCAAAAUCUGACUACAUUUAGACAUGAUUUCCGGAUGAAGUAACAGUUCCUCAGAAUCAGCUAUCAGUAAAUACUCCGGUUAUCUUCGUUUUAGGAAUCACCAUUCUGUGGAUUAAAAAAGAGACCCGUGCUUAGGUUUGCCUUGGAUUAGGCUAGGCUGAAGCCUGAAGAUGAAGUUUCUCGACUUGUUGAUGAAUGUAGUGGUGAAAGCAGUUGUAAAUUUCUUAGCGUGUCAUUUGUAUCAGAAUGGUGAUUGGUGGGGAUUGUUUCUUUUUUUUUUUCCCUUCUAUAUCGCUUCUCUUUUGCUUGUACAGCAAAAUUAAUGCUGGAAUGGGACUGCUGUUUGCCCAAGUUGUUAGGUGGGGAAACAGCCAUCCCCCAAAUCUAAUUCAUUUGUUAAGAAGCCAACAAGGUAAAGAAUGUAAAUGAUUCUGUUGGCUUUGCUGAA